AUACUGAUAAAGAUCGACUUGAUGACUAUGUUGGAAAGAAUGAGUACAUAUAAGGUUAUAUACAUUUAUGUUGGUGCGACAGAGCAACUUAGUGAAUGUGUAAAAUCAGCCAGACAAUUGAAAGGUUCAUUGAUGGAUGGGAAGAGUCCACCUGGGCCUAUAGGGGAGAGUAGCAUUACACCAAAUGAGAAUUGUGAUGGUAAUGGUGCUCAAUUACUGCUAUACGAUGAUGAUAGAGUUUGCCUUGACAUUGAGAAGACAUGGUUAGAUGUCCAAAAUUAUUACAAUGAAAUCCUUAGGGAAAAAGAUGAGAGGAAGCCUAAGAAACUAACACCCAGGAGGGAAAAGACAAACGAUACAAUUGCAACCCCUUUUGAUAUUCCUAUUAUUUCUCAAUCACAUCUUUCUCAAAUGCACCAGUUGUUCAACAUAAUGUCAGUGCUUCACAAUCAAAGAACUCAAACACUUCAACCCUUUUUCUAAAAAAAUAUACCCAAAACCACAGCUGCCAGGAAAGGUAUUGUCAUUCAGAAAAUAGUUCCACAAAUAAUUGAUGUUGGUCUUGAUGAUUUGGAUGCAAGGGAUGAAACUGUUGAUGUAGGGGUUAGAACUGGUGAAGGUAGUGCAAUUUUUGUCAAAAAGUUAAAGAAAAAUGUUGUUGAUCCUUUAGAAAGUGAAGAUGAAGUGGGUGAUCCUUUGCAUUCAGAUGAAGGUGAAGAUAGUGAGUUAGAUGUAAAUUAGGGAUGUAUUGAUGACAAUUAUGACCCAUAUGAAGAUGAGGUUUGGCAAAAUGAUGUUGACAAUGAUGAAUCUUAUUUGAAGCAAAUGUAUAAGUAUGGUGUGUUUUACCAAGGAUGGGAAUGGGGUAACAUUGUGUUGAAGCCUUGGAUGAUAUUUAGUGACAAGGAACAUUUUAAGGGUGUUUUGAGAGACUAUUGUAUACAGUGUGGGUUUGGAAUUGUUGUUGAGAGAUCAACACCUAAAAGAUUGACUGUAAAGAUUUCCAUUGUCGUUGGAGAUUACAUAGUAGCAGACUUCCCGAUGACAAAACAUGGGCCAUCAAAAGCAUUACUAACCCAGAGCAUACAUGUAGGGUCUUGGAUAAUAAAAAUCCCAUAGUGAAUGUAGCUUGGGCAGCUGACAAAUUGAUGGAUGAUAUAAGGGCUAGUAAUGAUAUAUCUGGAAAAGCUCGGAAUGCAAUUCUAUGGCAAAGGUAUGGAGUUACAAUGGCAACAAGCACAUUGUACAAGAUGAGGGCAAUUGCAUUAAGGCAAAUAAAUGGUGGUCAUGAUGAAUCUUAUGGUUAUAUGCCAAAGUAUGCUGAGAUGGUCAAGAUGACAAACCGUAAAUCAGCAGCAUUCUGCAGUUGGAAGGUGGGACCUAAUCCCGAGAGGCCUCUUCACUUCUCAACCAUUUUCAUUUCCUUCAAAGGAACAAUUGAAGGAGUGUGUGCAGGUUGUAGAAGUCUUAUUGGAGUUGAUGGUGCUCAUCUUAAAGGCAACUAUGGUGGAGUUUUAUUUUCUGCAGUGACAAUUGAUGCCAACAAUGAGCUCUUCCCUUUUGCUUGGGCUAUAGUAAGUGGAGAAAAUGAGGAAACUUGGAAUUUUUUUUUUUUUUUUGGCACCUGAAGAACAUUUUGAAAAAAUCCAACAGGGGUGAUGAUUGGUGUAUUAUCUCUGAUAGACAAAAGGUGCAUUCUCUACUCUCAUUUACAUUAAAAUGUUUCUUACAUUAAUGUUUAUUAGUUAUUUAUUGUAUUGUGGCUUUCUUACAGGGUAUUGAUGCUGCCCUCACUGGUUUAUGGCCAGAAGCAGGGAGAAGGUAAUGUUGUAAACACUUGUCAAAGAACUGGAAAAGUGCAUUCCCUGGGCCUUUGAUGUAUUCAUUGUUCUGGAGAGUAUAUAGUGCAACUAGCCCUUUCACAUUCAAGAAAACAAUGGAAAAGUUACAAAAGACAAAUCAUUUGGCUUUAGUGUGGUUAUCCAAGCUUGGUGAUCAAUCAAGGUGGUCUAGAUACAAGUUUGAUCCAAAGAUAUGCUCUGAAGAAAAUAAGACAAACUUUGUGGAAAGUUUUAAUGCCACCUUAGGAGUUGACAGAUGCAGGCCAGUGUUAACUUUAUUAGAAGGUUCGUUUAUUGAAUCUUUGUUCAUAUACUUACAUUCUUUUGUAUCAAUUGUAAUGGUUUGUUUUCAAACAGGAAUUAGGAGGGUGUGUAUGGUAAGAAUGUCAACAAGGAGACAAAACUGUGCGAACUGGAGUGACAAUGAACCUUGCCCAAAUAUUGUCAGAAGAAUUCAAAAGCUUGUGUUGGAUUCUAGAAUGUGUAAGGCUUAUGAGAGUAGUCCAGGGGAGUAUGAAAUAAAGGAUGGAAAGUCAAUGCUACCAGUUAGCCUGAACAAAAAAACUUGCAUUUGUGGAGCAUGACAAAUUUCAGGAUUGCCUUGCAAACAUGCGAUAAGAGCAAUUUUGUAUGCUAAAGAAGACCCUUACAAGUAUUCUAGCACUUGGUACUAUGGUGCAGUGUACAAGCAAACCUAUUCUCAAAAAAUCAACUCAAUACCUGACCACGAGAAUUGGCCUGAUAUUGACAUGCGCAUCAUAUUGCCACCACCACUGAGGAGGGGAGUUGGAAGGCCAUCAAGAAAUAGGAAGAAGGAAGAUGGCAAGAAAGAAAAGGGCAAAAGAUCAACUACAAACAAAAGCAAUAAUUGCAAGGAAUUUGGCCACAACAUAAAAACGUGUAAGGGUGGAUUGACCGCAAAGGAAAAAGCAGCUCAAAAGAAAAAUGUGGAAGCGAAUAAUGAAGUUGGAACUAGUACAGAAUGUGACAGCAGGAAAAGGAACGAACAUGAAGCUGCAUCACAACCUACUCCAACAAUUAUGCAGUCACAGGAAUCACUUGGUACGGGUAGCAAAAAGAGGAAAGAACAUUCAUCUUCUUCAUAACCAGUUUGAAGAUCAAUGCAAGAAGACUAAUAUUUAGCUUUGAAGUACAAUUAGUUUAAGUAGUCUUAUUUGAAGUAGAAUAUCACAACAUAUUUUGACAUUGUUCCUUUACAUAUGAUUGUUGGUUACAUUUUUGCUGCAAAUUUUAAUUCAAUUGAAUUCAAUAGUUGAGACUUUAGAGUGUAUUGAGUUGGUUUGGGGACAGAAAAUUGUUGCAAGAGUUUUGUCAAAGGACUAGCAAGAGAUCGUAGCUAAGACGCGAGCUAUAGCUCGCAUACUUGCUCUCAAACACCGCAAGAGCAGCAGCGAGUGACCGAGACCUCGCAGGCUAGCUCGCAUACUCGCUCACAGCACCGAAAGUUUAGCAGCGAGUGAGCGAUAGCUCACAAGCUAGCUCGUAUAGUCCGCAAGCUCAACAACCUCGAGUGAUAGCUCACUGACGAACGAGCUAUAGCACGCUCGACUUGAAGCCCACAGCAGCCAAAACCCACAUCACCACCUCAAAAACCCUCUUUUUCAGAAUAAUAAGAACUUUAAUUUUCCGAAUAAAACACAAUUAUUAGGAAUUAGGAAGAUGAUAUGAAAGGCGACUUCAAUUAAAAGAAAUUAAACUCACCAUUAGAAUUCCAAAAACGAAUUGAGAAAAGGAGAAAGGUUCGUGUUGCCAAAUGUAAUCGGAGGUGAGAGGAGAGAGAGUGGUGAGGAUUUGGAGGUGCAGAUCUUGGAGGUCGUCGGUAAUGGGGAUGGAGAGGUUGAGGAGAGAGAAGAGUCGGGUUAGCUGACUUAGGUGGUGGGGCUGUGGUGUGGUGUUAGUUAAGGAGUGGGUUAAUAAUUUAAUUAAGGGGUAAGUUAGUAAUUAGGUUUUUAAUGAUGGGUUAGCCAUAAAAUAAGCCUAUGAGGUCACUUAAUGUAAUAAUCCAAACUAGGGAAACACUUUGUGGAAGAAAAAAUUUGCCAAGCCACCAUGUAGAAUUUUUGGAUCUCGAGGGCUACCAUAUAGAAUUUCCCAAUAAACAAUCAACAAUAUUCUAAUAUAAUCCGUAUUAAUAUUAAAAAAAAAAAAAAAAAAAAAAAAGUAAAAAGGGAGGUUGAGAGAGAAUGUAAGUAGAGUAAUGAUUUAAAGAGGAUCAGAAGCUCGUGAUGAGAAUUUUCCAUGUUUGCAGGUUUUCUAACAGCGCCACUUCAGCCCAACCAAAGGAAUUUCUUCUUUCUCUCUCUCUCUCUUCCUCGUGAUUUUCUUCUUCCUUUCACCUCCCAUCCUCUUAUAUAAAACAUUCUUCUAGUCAACCCUUUUUUCAUCCCCCUUUUUUUUUUUCCCUCAAAUGAAUAAUAUUAUUCUCAUCAAAUUAUAACUCCUCUCUUAAAAUAAAAAUAAAAUUAUUAGAGUAAUAGAAUUAUGGAAGUUAGUAUUAAAAAUAGUAAUAGUAAUACUAGUAAUGGAGUAAGACAGUAUGUUAGAUCCAAAGUUCCUCGCUUACGCUGGACUCCUGAGCUUCACCGCUGCUUUGUUCAUGCUAUCGAACGCCUCGGUGGCCAAGACAAGGCAACACCAAAGCUUGUUCUUCAGUUAAUGGAUGUAAGAGGGCUAACAAUUUCUCAUGUGAAAAGUCAUCUCCAGAUGUAUAGAAGCAUGAAGCUUGAUCAUACAAGACAAGGAGACAAGAGCUUCACACAGCAAAGGAAACAAGCUUUUGAGAAUCAUCAUAAUAACAUUGCAAGUACUACUAAUUAUGUUUUGGAGGAUGAAAAAGAUGAUGUGGGGUUACAUUUAUCUUCUCCAAAUAUUACUAUUAAUCAUAAUGUUAUUCAAGAUCUUCAGUCUACAAUUUCUGCUGCUUUUCCCCCUUCUAAAAGGGCAAGGAUGGAAGAUAGUUUUACAAGUAGUAUGAUGAUGAAGAGAGAGAAAAUGGAAAGCAGCCAAAGAGAGGGAGUGAGAAAAGAUCCAAAAAUGUACUGCUUGGUUGAUGAUUACAAAAGUCAGCUGGAGUCAAUUUAUAAUGAUUCAAAGGGUGAGACAAAAAGAGGAGGAAUUAUGCUAAAAGAUGACAAUAAAAAUAAAAGUAAUAAUAAUGAGGAAGAAGAAGAAUUAGAAAGUGGUGGAUUAUUGGAAGAGAGUAGUCUGAAUAUUAUCAGAUGGCAGCAGCAACAACAGCAGCAUCAGACCCAACACCCUGGUUUCUCCUCCUUACUGUCUACACUGCCUCUGCCUCCUCAGGAUCAUGUUUUCAAUUUUCAUCAUCUUCUUGCAGUCCAACCUGAUCAAUCCCACUUCUUAAAGCUGCAGGAAACAAUGGCAUAUGAACAAGUAUCAGACCAAAAUCAAGCUCAUUACUUCAACUCGGAUGCAUUCUUCUCUUCUAUGAAGCAAACCAAAGAUCAAUACAAAGAAAACGAGGACGAUGAAGAGAUAGCAAUCGAAAAAAGAGACAACGAGCAUGGGAUAUCCUUGUCUCUCUCCUUACAGAGGGUGGCCUUGCCGCCAUUGUUAAUGCAACGGAGCAGCAACGUUUCGUCGACUAAUGUUAGUGAAAUUAGUGAUCAGGCAAUUAGUUCAUACUCUUCUUCUUCUAUUGCUUGGGAUAAUCACCAACAGUCUCUUAAUCUUGAUUUAUCUAUCUCACUUUGUGGUAGCUAAUUAGAUUAGUUCAUUCCUUUUAUUCUAGGCAGGCAAUCAGGUUCUUUAAUAUAAUAGUAUUAUGCAUUUGUAAAAAAUUAAUGAAAUUUUAGUUGAUUAAAUCAAGUCAUUAACUAGUUGGAGUA